AUGGCCGAAUCAUGUGCAAACCCCCUUUUGCUGGACUGGAUCAAAGAAUGGCUCGACCAGGCCCGGGAACGCAACUCCAAGGGCUUCACAGUCUACAAAAAGGCAUAUGAGUCUAUGAAGGCCUGCCCACUGGAGUUUAGCCAUCCGUCAGAAGCUAUACAGCUGAACGGCCUGGGCCCCAAACUGUGCGACAGGCUUACGGAGAAGUUGAAGGAGCACUGCGAGCAGAAUGGCCUUCCUAUGCCCGAGCCACCGAAUAGAAGGCGCCCCAAUCAGAAACGACAGUCCGGAGAUGACCUUCCAGAUCAAGAACAGCCGACUAAGAAGCCCAGAAAGGUUAAGCCAUAUAUUCCUGCUUUGCGCUCUGGGGCAUACGCUCUGGUUUUAGGCCUGUCCACACUAGAUGAAAACUCACCGCAUGGAAUGACCAAAGCCCAGCUGAUAGAAGCAGCUCAACCGCAUUCUGAUUCCUCCUUCACAGCUCCUAGCGACCCCACAAAAUUCUAUACCGCGUGGAACUCGAUGAAAACUCUGAUCCAAAAAGAACUUGUCUACGAACACGGACGACCUCUGAGGAAGUAUGCCCUGACAGAAGAAGGCUGGGAAUGUGCAAAGAGGAUUCGGAACACGAGCACAGUAGGCUUACCUGUACAAAGUCAGCAGGCCUUGCCUCGUGAGCCACCGGUUUCCACAUCCAGCAGUAAUAUACAAAUCAAAGAGAAUACAGGGUCAGUUUUCAAUGCCAGUUCCAGAACCUCUGCCGACAAUAUUGAUAUCGAAAUUCUGGAUGACCUGGAACUGUCCGCAACUUCACGGAGCCAGCACCAGACGCGCCCCAAAAGCUCCACCCGAACAACAAAACCCGUCGUGUUAACUCCUGGUACUUUCACGAUCGAACUCAUAUUAGACUCCCGUGAGGUCCGUGCAAAGAAUGAUCGAGACUAUAUAUCGAAAGAGCUAGAGACAAAAGGCAUUACGACACAAGUGCGGGCACUUGAGCUUGGUGAUGCAAUGUGGGUAGCAAAAUGCAAGGACCCUAGUUUCCUAGCUCGACUUGGUGAAGAAGGCGAUGAAGUGAUGCUCGAUUGGAUAGUAGAGCGCAAGCGACUUGACGAUUUGAUAGGAUCUAUCAAAGACGGUCGAUUCCAUGAGCAGAAGUUCCGUCUUCGCCGCAGUGGCAUUUCCAAUGUGGUAUAUCUCAUAGAGGAGUUUGCAGUCUCACACCCAUCCUCAACAGCGGCCGGACACAUGCCGAACUAUCAAGACUCAGUAGCCUCGGCUAUUGCUUCAACUCAGGUCAUCAAUGGCUACUUUGUUAAGAAAACCAAGAAUCUAGACGACACCAUACGAUAUCUCGCGCGAAUGACAUUCCUCUUGCGCAAGAUGUACGAAACUCCUGGUUCUGUCUCUUCGUCGUCCUUCUCGACGGGAAAUAGAUCCAGUCAACCAAGCAGCAGCAACGUGAAACCUAAAUCCGUAGCACUUAUUCCUAGCUCCAAUCUCUCAUCGUCCGAAUCCUAUCUCACUACCCUCCGCGAUCUUCGUUCCGGGGGCAGCAGCAACACUUCAUCCGAAAAUACAACAUACGGGGUAUCAUUCUCUUCCUUCUCGGCCCUAACAUCCAAAUCCGACACACUCACAUUACGAGACGUAUUUCUCAAAAUGCUCAUGUGCACCAGAGGCGUGACAGGCGACAAAGCGUUGGAACUACAGCGACACUGGCGCACGCCUCGAGAGUUCAUGGAAGCAUUCGAAUCCGUGGCUUCUUCUAGCCAUCAUUCUUUGGCUUUGAGCCCUCAGGAAGUAGCGAAGGCGAAAGAGAAAAUGAUUACGGACAGAAUGGGGAAUUUGAUCGCGAAGAAGAAAAUCGCAGGUGCUUUGAGCAAGAAGGUGGUUGAAGUAUGGGGCGAGAGGGAUUGA